UUGGCAGCGCUGGGUGGGCGGAGAGGUUAUGUUGAUGGAUGAGAGAUCAGUAAAUUUCGCUGUUAUCUCCGCGAUUUACCGCACACUUUUAAUUGGAGCGUAAACGAUGGAUUUCAUUUGAAGAUUCAAUUAUGUUAGUAGUAUACCAAGAUGUCGUUAAUAUAGUACAGUCGAAAUUCUCGUCCACCGAAGUCGUUAAAUGCAUACAUUUAAAUGUCUCCCCAGUGAACGAGUCUUGGAACGAGGUCCACAGAAUCCUAGCUUUAGUUGAAUGUAAUUCAUCCUAUGCACUUUUUGUGUUCAUUACGAAAAAGCCGAAACCCAGCAGUAUUUCAGACCUUUCAGUUGAAACUGCGAUUCCAAUAGAUUCAAAUUUUUCCUGUGAUACAGAACCUAUAGAUAACUGUCAGAGUCAUAUUAUUUUUAUUGUUUCGUAUAGGAAUAGGAAAUUACAGUUUAAGAUUGAAAUCGGGGUGGAGAGUUCGAACUUCGCGUCAGAAGUUAUUUGGUCAAAGGAAGUAUCGUCUUCGAACAAAUUAGAUUUUAAUUGGUUGGGUAAAUAUACAUGCGCCACCUUAGAUCAAAACAGUAAAAAAAUGUCAGAAAUGUCAGACCAGUGUUCAGAUAUACCGGUCUUACGUCAUCAAUUAGCCCAUGGACAAGCAGCGUCAAAUAGAGAGUCCAUUUUGAGAUACCAGUUGAAGUUGAAAGAGCCUGAAUACACCCAGCACCAAGAAUUCAGCGUUUUUGUUGGAACAUGGAACGUGAAUGGGCAACCUCCAUCAGUGUCUUUGAGACCAUGGCUCAGCUGUGAUGAAGAACCCCCUGACGUGUAUGCAAUAGGAUUCCAAGAAAUUGACUUAAGUAAAGAAGCAUUCCUUUUUAAUGACACCCCCAGAGAAGCUGAGUGGUUAAAAUAUGUGAUGGAUGGUGUCCACUUUAAAGCCAAGUAUAAGUCAGUAGCGGUAACACGGUUGGUAGGAAUGCAGCUUGUAGUUCUGGUAAACAGCAAACAUUACCAGUUUGUUAAAAACGUGUCUGUAGACACCGUCGGCACGGGACUUCUGGGCAAAAUGGGGAAUAAAGGAGGCGUCGCUGUCAGAUUAGAGCUCCAUAACACCUCCCUUUGCUUUGUAAACUGUCAUUUAGCAGCUCACGUUGAAGAAUUUGAAAGGAGAAAUCAAGAUUAUAAGGAUAUAAAUGCUAGGAUUAAUUUUCGGAAACAGCCUCCCUCUAUUAAAGAUCAUGAACAUGUGUAUUGGUUAGGAGAUCUUAAUUAUAGAAUAACGGACUUAAACACUAAUCAGGUUAAGACGCUGUUGGCUAGGAGCGAGAUGAUAACGUUACUUAAGGCAGAUCAGUUGAAUCAGCAAAAGGAGCGUGGAAGCGUUCUCUUGGACUACACCGAAGGCGACAUAACAUUCCAACCGACGUACAAAUACGACCUCAACAGCGACCACUUCGACACCAGCGAGAAGGCGCGCCCCCCGGCAUGGACGGACCGAAUCCUGUGGCGCGGCGACGGCAUUUAUCAACUAGCAUAUCGUAGUCAUAUGGACAUAAGAAUCAGCGACCACAAACCGGUGAGCGCCUUAUUCCGUUCCGAAAUCAGCGUCAUAGACCAGUCGAAGUUCCGGCGCGUGCACGAAGACCUGCUGAAGAAGAUGGACAAGCUCGAGAACGAGUUCCUGCCCCAGGUGAUGGUGGACCAGACGGAGGUGACGUUCGAUUUGGUGAAGUUCCGCGAGCCGCAGUCGAGGGAGAUCAUCAUCGCGAAUACGGGCCAAGUGCCGGCGGAGUUCGAGUUCAUCAAGAAGCUGGACGAGGCGACGUUCUGUAAGGACUGGUUGAGGAUCACCCCGUUCUGCGGCACCAUCGACCCGGGGGAGAAGUGCGAUAUUAAGUUCGAGGUGAAUCUGGAGCGGGAGUUGGACAAGGUCUACGAUAUUUUGGUUUUGCAUUUGAAGGGCGGGAAGGACAUGUUUAUUAUAGUGAACGGCGACUGUCAGAAGUCGUGUUUUACUUCUAGUAUGGCGACGUUGUGUAGAGCGCAGGUGCCUCUUUUACAGAUGACUGAAGAACAAAGGAAGCAAGCGGAAAACAUGGAGAGUCGCGUACUGUAUUCGAUUCCUCGUGAAUUGUGGUUGUUGGUCGACCACUUGUAUAGGCAUGGUUUGAAAACGAGGGAUUUGUUCGAGUCGUGUGCUCUGAGUGACGAACUGAUCAGGAUUAGGGACUGGUUGGAUUAUGGCUCUCUAGAUCCGAUACCUGGUAGCGUGCAGGCCACAGCUGAAGCUUUUUUGUUGUUUUUGUCUUUUACGAAGGACCCCGUAGUACCGUUCGAGAUACACGAUGCGUGUAUAGCGGCAGCUAAUAAUUAUCAAAAUUGUCGCCUGAUAAUUCAGCAGAAAAUGACGGAUAUUCACAGAAACGUCUUCUUAUACAUUUGCAUGUUUCUGCAGGAAAUGCUCAGACACUCGAACGACAACGGUUACGACGCUAAAACUCUGGCUUCAUUAUUCGGUGAUAUUUUGCUUAGAGACCCUAUACGUAAUUCUAAGCCUCAGGCCAAUAGGGGUAAAGCAAACUUUGUUUACAAUUUCCUAGUGAACGACUUAAGCUCAUCCCUAAUUCCCAAUAAAUAAGUAGCGACUGUAUAUAGGCAAUAAUUUAUUAAUUGAGCAAUGCACUAAUACGAUGCCAGUAUUUUUGUAGCCACUAUAAUUUAUUAAAAUAAAAUGUGACGUCACUUUAAUAAAGUAAUCUACAAGAUGAAAACGAAA